AGCUCUCCAUCCAGCCUCAGCUGAACUUCAUCCUCAUCCCUCCUCACGCUCGCUCACACACAGUCGCUUCUGUCCACGAUGGUUCCGUCUCAGACUCAUCUCAACACAGUUCAGUUUCUGGAUCCCUAAACAGCAUCUGAAGCAGCUUCUGUGGAUCUGCAGGCUACACACACACACACACACACACACACACACACACACACACACACACACAAAGCUUUCCUCCGUGCUGCUUGCUGUCUGUUACUGAUCUGUUUCUGUAAAAACAAACUGUCGGUUCUUCAGCUGCCAGGAUGAACGAGUCGGGGCUGGUCCUCUGAAAUAUAACUCUCUGUUUUAAUCAGCAGUUUGUGUUUUAUUUAUUUGUCUAACUGAAAUAAUCAUCUGAUGACAACCGUUUGGUCUCUAGACUUCCUUUUUGUUUUCAACCCUUCAGUGUUUUUAAACAAGCCGCUCGGCCAGAAUCAGGAGUUUAACUCUGGGUGGAGGAUCAGAUUAAUCCCAGGUUAAAAUCAGCUGACAAACAUGGAUGGAGUUAAUCUGGGCCUAAAUCCACCCAGACAGGAAGCUUUUAUCUGUUUUUAGAUUUAAUUUGACUUAAAAAUCAGCCGAAUUAUUUAAAAAAAACGUGUCUAGAAAAUGUCAGAAGUUUUCUUCUGUCAAAAUGUCAGUUUGGCUGUUUUUAAAAUUAAGUGAAAAUAUUUCUAGAUGGGAUUAAAGUUCUGCUUCAUACAGAGAUCCCCGGGGUUCACGGGUCGAAACGACUCAUCAUCAUCAUCGUCAUCAUCAUCAUCAUCAUCAUCAGUAACGAUGAAAACAACCAACUUCCUCCCGUCAGCUGCAGAAAACACCUGAAGUAAAAAGAAACAUUAAUUUGACAACUUUCUCAGUAUUUUUGUGGGAAACGUUUAUGCUCUGAAUUUUAAUCACUUGAUGCCUUUUUUUUUUUUAGAAAUCCCAAAUAAUUA